GCCUCCCACAGAACCUGACAGUGCCUGUUUGGGGACAGAGUGGUAGAGGGACAGAAGUGCUCCUUCUCCAGAAACAUGGACCUGGGCCUGAGGAGAACAGAGGUCAUUUCUCAAUCCCAGCUCUGAGCAUCAGCACCUAGAGCAGAACCAAGAAGGAUCCUGGGGGCCAGAGCGAAGGACAGACAAUGGAUGAUGAGGACAAAAGCAUGCAAGAGACAAGUGCACGGGGCUGGGCCAGUGGACUGGAAGCUUCCGCCUGCCAGGAGAGAUCUCCAGAAGAUGUGUUACCCCUGAAGUGGAGCUGCCAGUGGUCAAUGGUCAGGCGCACACUGCUGACUCUCCUGCUUUUGGGCCUGCUCCUUGGAUCUUCUGUGCUUUGGUUCUACAUCUUCACAAACUGCGGUCCUCCCCCCUGUGAGACAUCCGUGUGCCUGGAUCUUCUGAACUACUACAUGGCCUCUGGGAACAGCAGCGCAGCCCCCUGCACUAACUUCUUCAGCUUUACCUGUGGAGAGCCUGGAGAGAUCAAUAAUUCUUUUCAUGCUCUUGAGGAUGAAAACAAAAACCUACUGCGAAGACUCCUGAGUAGGGAAGCGGGAGGACAGGGUCACUGGGAAAUAGCUGAAGAGGAAGAGAAAGCCUUCCAAUUCUAUAGCUCCUGCAUGGACAUAGAUGCCAUCGAAGCAGCAGGAACUGGCCCCCUCCAACAAGUUAUCGAGGCGCUUGGAGGCUGGAACAUCUCUAGCAAAUGGACUUUCUCUGAUUUCAACCAAACUCUGGCACUUCUGAUGAGCCAAUAUGACUACUUUCCAUUCUUCAGAGCCUACUUGAGGACUCACCCUUCCCCUCCAUACGCCCCAGUGAUCCAGAUAGAUCGGCCAGAGUUUGAAGUUCCCCUCAAGCAAGAGCAGGAACAGAAGAUCUAUGCCCAGGUCAUUCGGGAGUACCUGGCUUACCUACAGAAGCUGGGAAUAUUGCUGGGAGGUGACCCGGAGAAGGUGCAGCAGCAUGCCUUCCUAUCCAUCUCCAUUACAUCACGGCUGUUUGAGUACCUGCGGCUCCUGGAGCAGCGGCAGUCUCAGGACAAACUCUUCCAUGUGCUCACGAUUGACCAACUGCAGGAAAUGGCCCCCGCCAUCGACUGGUUAUCCUGCUUGCAAGAGACAUUCAAACCAAUGUCCCUGAGCCCCUCCCAGGCACUUGUGGUCCAUGACCUGGACUAUUUGAGAAAUAUGUCGCAACUGAUACAAGAAGAGAUGCUGAAGCACAGGGAUGUUCUUCAGAGUCACAUGAUCUUGGGGCUGGUGGAGACCCUUACUCCAGCCCUGGAUAGCAAAUUCCGGGAAGCACGCAGAGAACUGAGCCAGAAACUGCAGAAACUCACAGAGCAACCACUCAUGCCAGCCCAUCCACGAUGGAAGAAGUGUGUGGAACACACUGGAUCCUUCUUCAAGCCCACUCUGGCAGCCUUGUAUGUCAAGGAGGCCUUUGGACCAAGCACUCAGAAUGCUGCCAUUAAAUUAUUCACUGAGAUCAAGGAUGCCCUAAUAGCACGCCUCAAAAAGCUUCCCUGGAUAAGUGAGAAAAGCCGGAAAGAGGCCCAGGACAGGGUCACUAAAUUACAGGUGAAAAUGGGGCCACUGGACUGGGUUCUGAAACCAGAGUUGGCCAGGCAGGAGUACCAAGAUAUACAGCUUGGACCUAGCUUCUUGCAGUCUUUCCUAAGCUGUGUCCGAUCUCUCCGGGCAAGAAAUGUCCAAAGCUUCUUGCAACCUUUGUCUCAUCACAGAUGGCAGGUGUCCCCCUGGGGAGUCAAGCCCUAUUAUUCCAUACCUGACCAUGUGGUGGUCUUUCCCGCUGGACUCCUUCAACCUCCAUUCUUCCACACUGGCUACCCCAGAGCUGUGAAUUUUGGUGCCAUGGGCAGCAUCAUGGCCCGUGAGGUACUGCACAUCUUCUACCAGCUGUUACUCCCAGGGGGUUGCCCAGCCUGUGACACGCAUGCCCUGCAGGAAGCACUCCUAUGUCUGGAGCACCAUUAUGCUGCCCUCCUGUUACCUGGAAGAACUUCCCUCAAUGGCUCCCAAACAUUCUUGGAGAAUGCUGCAGAUGUUGGAGGGCUGGCCAUUGCACUGCAGGCGUACAACGAGAGGCUAUUAAAAUACCGUGGGGAGACCACACUGCCCAACCAGCACCUCAGCCCCCGGCAGCUCUUCUUCCAAAGCUAUGCCCAGACGAUGUGUAGAGAGCCCAAUCCCCAGGACUCUCAGGACAUUCACAGACACCCCAGCCUUCGAGUAAAUGGACCCCUCAGCAGCAUCCCUGCUUUUGCUAGAUAUUUUGGCUGUUCACAUGGUACCCUCAUGAACCCCUCCAGACGCUGCCAGCUAUGGUAACUUGGCCACCAAGAGAUCCAAAACGAGUAUGUCCACAGUUCCCUAUUCCUGGAGUCAAGAACAUCAAAGUGCCAUGUCUUCUCUUUCAAAAAUAAAACCCAGAACUUGA